AUGGAGAGGACGGCUCCUCCGCUCUGCGUUCAGGUGCCGGAAAUCCUGAGCAUCAUCUACAUCCGGAUGCCGACCGUGCAGCAGGACACCCUCCGCGGCCUCCUCUUCAAGGCGGUGUCCCUGCUCGCCCACUACCACCCCGGGGCCGUCAUCGACAGCCUCCUGCACAAGCAGCUGCCCGUGGACAGUGAAACCGUGGAGCUGUGGGGGGUCCUGGGGAGGACGUUCGUUGCCGGCCAGCUCCUGGGGGUUUUGAUGGAGAAACUGAAGGACUCGGGAAGCGACCGGCCCGGGACCAGCUCCGCCGAGCCCGAGGCAGACGACAGCCAGGCUGCGCUGGAGCCUCUCAAGAUCACCUGCGCCAUCUUCGAGGUGGUGUCAACGCUGCAGAGCCCGGAGGCUGUGCAGCACCUGCUCCCGGAGCUGCUCCCGGUGCUCCUGCAGCAGAUCAGCGCCACACUGGGAAAGGAGAUGCCGUUCUCCGAAGUCAGCGGCCGGGGAAAGCUGUUCCUGAAGGGACACACGAGCGACGACAAUCCGUGCAGGCUUUCCCUGGAGACCUUGGAGGCGGUGCUGCGCGCGUGCCUCCACGGGGGAUGGCUGUGGCUGCUGAGGAAGCAGGGAGCCUGGGCUGCGCUGGAAGACCCCCGGGCUCACCACGAUGGCGUCUGUCUGCUGACGGGCGUGCUGCUCCGCGCCGGCGUCGUCUCGCUGCCCGUGGUGCUGGUGGUGACCCAGUGGCUGGACUCCCCCUCGGCCAACCGGCGGGUCAUGGCCGCGGCCUUCUGCGCCGAGCUGAUGAAGGCGCCAGUGCCCUGGGAGAGGAGGUGCCUGCAGCCGAUCGUGGGGGCCCUGCUGCAGAAGUCGCGGGACCCGAGUGGGACCGUGCGGCAGAUGGCAGCACGUGGCCUCGGCAAUCUGGCCCACGGUGCGCCGGAGACGCUGCGCGAGCACAGGGGAGCCGUGGUGGCGGCGCUGCGGAGCGGCCUGGAGCCCGGGGUGGCAGCGGCAGUGGCGGCAGAGAGCCUGCUGGCGCUGGCCAGGGUGGUGGAGGAGCUGCGGGGGAAGGGCCUGGGCGCCUCCUUCAGAGACCUCGCCAGGGACGCAGCGGCCUUCUUCAACGCCGAGGAGGCGGCGCUGCGUGCGGCAGCCUUCACCCUGUACGGGGCGCUGGCGGCCUCCGCCUCGAGGCGGUGGAGGCCGUUCUUGGCCGAGGAGCUGGGGAGCACGUGGGCCAGCCUGGUGCUGCACCUCGGGGACCCGGACCCAGGCACCUGCAGGGCGUGCCGGGGCACGCUGCAGCUGUGCGUGCUGCUCCCGGGGCUGCAAUGGCUGCGGCAGAGCAUCGCCGCGGGCGCAGGGCUGAGCGCGGCCGAGCUGCUGGACGACAUCUGCGGGCAGCUGGCCUGGGAGAGCCUCGAGCACCAGCAGGCGCUGUACGUCGCCGCCCGACGCUGCUUCCUGCAGGGCUGCGGGGAGGUGCGGGCCGCCGGCCUCCAGGUGGCUGGGGUCCUCGUGGCGCACGCAGGCACCGUGUGGCUGACGGCGGAGGAGGCGAUGCUGCUCGGGGCAGCGCUGCGGGUGCUGAGGCGCGACGCGGACCCGAGGGUGCAGCAGGCGGCCGCUUGGCUACUGCGGGACACGGGCCUGGACCAGCUGCAGCGGCGGCGCUGA